AUGGAAUUCAGGAAGAAGCCACACUUGGUAUUUUCUGUCGCCACGGCGAUGUGCCUUUUCCUGUACACCUACCAUUCGGCGGUCCUGACCUCUUCGCCCCUGUGGACGUGGCUGGGUCACGGCGGUGCCACUGAUGUGCCCGAGGAGGAGAGCUUCACAGUGCCGCCGGCCCCCCCAGCAGCCGACGGGGGGGACCGGUGGUCCGUCUGGAACGAGUUCUCCGCCAGCAUCUCCAAGGAGGUUCUGCAGAGCCUAAAGGAGCAGUGGUCCGCCAACAGGUUCAGGGUGCCACAGAACCUCACCAGGAGGAACACCACGCUGGGCCGGGAGGACCUCCUCUGCGAGCUGAAGGCCCGGGUACCUCUCGGGACAGUCAGGGCCGGGGACGGGCCCUUUUCGGGAGACGAAUGGGAGAAAGUCCUCCCUGCAGAGACCCUGGCGGAGAAGCUGGGGCCAUUUAAGACGUGCGCUGUGGUGAUGUCAUCGGGGUCUAUCAAAAAUUCUGGCUUGGGGGUGGAAAUUGACUCCCAUGAUGCCGUACUUCGCUUAAAUGCAGCCCCGACUGAUGAAUACAGUGUAGACGUGGGGAACAGAACAACCAUUCGCAUCGUCAAUUCCCAGAUCCUGAUGUCUGCAGCUUUCCACACAGAUCCUCUGUACAGCACAGGAGCUCUCAUUGUGUGGCAUCCUGCACCGUACUCCAGAGACCUCUAUGCUUGGUACAAGAAGCCAGACUAUGGCUUCCUGCAGAGGUACAGGGACUAUCGCCGACUCCGCCCACAGCAGCCAUUUUACAUCCUGAGCGCCUCCUUCCAGUGGGACCUGUGGGACGUCAUUCAGGAGAACUCACCAAUGGACAUCCAGCCCAACCCCCCUUCCUCCGGGAUGCUGGGCGUCGCCGUGAUGAUGAACCUCUGCGAGCAGGUCAGCGUGUACGAGUUCCUGCCCUCCCACAGAAAGACGCGCCUCUGUCACUAUUUUCAGGACGUCCACAACUGGCAAUGCACCAUGGGACACUACCACCCCGUGACGUUCGAAAAGAACCUCGUCAAACGACUCAACAGGGGCUCGGAGUUUGACAUCUACGCCCGCGGAAAAGUGACGCUGCGCGGAUUCUCACAGCAGUGGUGCCCAAAGAAGCUGUAA